CCCUAACUACACUCUCUCCCUCUUCUCUAUAACCCAAACUACAGCCGCCUUCACCAAUCUUCCUAUCAUCAUCAAGGGUUUUAGUUUCUCAAAUCAUCCAAAUCUCCGAUUCAAGUCUCAGAUUCUGGUUAUUAUCAUCGAGAUUCACCCGAUUAGCAAUGGAAGUUCGUUACCUGGUGUCAGGGAUUUUCUUAAAGUGUGCUUUGGUUGUCCUGUAUCUGAGGGGUAUGGAAUGACCGAGAAUUCUUGUGUUAUAACGUUUAUGAAUGUCAACGAUGUCACCUCGGGUCACGUGGGCGCUCCUAAUGCUGUUUGUGAAGUAAAGCUUGUAGAUGUUCCGAAAAUGAACUGUACAUCCUAUGAUCAACCAUAUCCUCGUGGAAAGAUCUGUGUGAGAGGACCGAUUGUCUUUCAAGGCUACUACAAAGAUGAAGUGCAAACGAGAGAAGUAAUCGAUGAAGAAGUAUGGCUUCAUACCGGAGACAUAGGAUUAUGGUCACCUGGAGGCCGCUUAAAGAUCAUUGACCGGAAAAAGAACAUUUUCAAAUUGGCACAAGGAGAGUACAUAGCUCCUGAGAAAAUCAAGAGCGUAUAUGCGAAGUGCAACUUUGUGGCACAAUGCUUUGUUUAUGGUGACAGCUUCAAUUCUUCUUUAGUUGCUAUUGUCUGUGUGGACCCUGAUAAAGGAAGUAAUUGGCUUUGGUUGCUUCUUGCUUCAAAAGAAUUGGUGGAACUUUACUUUAGAAUUGAUAUUGGGUAAGAGACCCUGUAUCUGUUGAUGAAUGGACUUAGACCAAGACGCUCAUGAAUGUGUUGCGGGGCACGGUGAUUGCUGAGGCUAAGUAUCUGUUAAUAUGAGCGAACUCAAUUUACUAAAGAAAGGAUUUUGGUAACUCGAAUGAUAUGCAUCUUCAAAGGGACUCGACUAUCUUUAAAUUGUAUAUCCACUAUAUCACUAAUUUAUGUAACAUGAGACUUUGUAUUUUAUUUUAUUUAUACACAUUAUAUUUAUCUUAAUAGUUUUCUUCAACCCGGGUUGCCACCCGGGUGAUAACCUAGUUAUAAUAUAUUCAGUUUAAAUGUUUUUUAUUUUGGCUAUUUAUUUUGUUUCCUCUUAUAUAUUCUAACCGUUGUUUCUGUAUUUCAUUUUGAGGUUUGUUCGAUUGGGCUUGGUGUUCUUUGCUGGGCUGCUUGUGCUUGUGGGCUUAUAGGUCUUGUGCUAUUUAAGGAGGGAUCUGCCUCGGGAUGAUGUGCACCGCCUCUCACUUCUCCUUCUCGAAUACUUUUGAGCUCCUGCCUUCUUUCCCUCACACGUUCAUUCAUGAGGCUGUUUGAUUAUUCUUUGUUAACCUUUGGUUGUUUGUGUUCACCAGUCAAUCUGUGAUGACUGGUUGAUUUUCCUUGUACUGAUUUGAUAAAGAAGUUGAAUAAAUUUGUUCUUCAUUUUGUUUG